CAACACUUUCCCAAAUUUUCUUUUCGCGGAACCUCUGAUUGAAAAUGUAGUUUUGGUUUCUAAUGUACAUUUAGCGGUAAACCAGCGUUGGAAAUUAUACUGAAGGAGAAGCAAACGGUUGCCUUUUAGCCUUGAAUGAAUCACUAAGAUGUCUUUGAACGACUUUGCUAGCAGGGCAAUUCAGUGCCAUGGAGUGGAAGUUCCAAUCAAGAACCGCAUUCGGUCAACAAUACCCCGCGGAAGGCGAGGAGUUUCUUCAUCUCAUGGGAGCAAAGACAACAAAACCGCCUUUGAUGGCCGAAAUUUAUCGCAGUCCGACUCACCAAGAUCUUUGUGCAGGAUCUCCGACAAUGGAUACGCUUACAGCUGCCCUGAUGUUACAUUUCCGUUUGGGUUUACGAGAAAUGAGUGUAAUAUGUUGGCAACACGACAAAAAGUAACAAACUACCUUUUCCAUAUUUAUAAUGAUAAUGGACAACCUGUGAAGUCCGUGCAAAGAACUAACAGUUUUCAUUCUUCGAGUUUGGGUGUUAAAUCCGUCAGCGCACCAACUGUAGCUAAAAUAAUGUCUCCUUCCGGGAUAACAAAUCGUUCUCUGUCAUCAAACAAGCGUGUUAGUUCUUCUGUUUUGUCUAGGAGAAGUGAAAAGAGCAACAGAAUAACAGUUCCUCGCAGAGAAAGCCUUGUGCAUGAAAAGGAAACUUCUAUUGACGAUUCAUCAGCAGUGAUAAUCAUUCGAAGCUUGAAUCGUGAUCUUUCUCCAUCUGCGCGUUUAGAGCGGUAUUUGAUUAGCUUGCAACGUGCAGGGUAUCUAACGGGUGCAGGGAAAGAUGGAAGGGAAAGUACCUCGGUCGAAUUAGCCAGAGGAAUCACCAAAAACGGGGAAAUUAGGUUAAAGUCGAAAUUUGUUCCCCAUCCACCAGUGUAUUUAUUUGAUAGAACGAUAAAAGAUUCUCCAUUUGAUAAUAAAAACAGACGAUAGAUACCAUACUUGUACCAAAGGAAAAUAGAAAUGCUCAGAAAUGUAGCUUUGUACCAUUCUAUUCAUGAGCGAAAGGAAUACAAGCGUAUGUUGAUUGCGUACUCAUAUCAUGCACUUACAAAACACACUGCACAUAUAAACUUUCAGAGCGGAAAAAGGAAAAACAAAAAAACAAAGAAGUUGAAACUCUGAACAAGUUAAUUCAACUUAGCGGUCCAUCACGCUAUGCCCUAAGGUGCUAUAGGCGCUUCUUCGUACACAAAUGCAAGACAGAUCGUUUUAGAAACAGUUGUAUUAUAAGAUCCUGUACCGUUAAGAUUAAUACUGUACGUAGGUUUUUCUAAGUCCCUUUAUUGUAUUUUAUCCCUUUUUUACUUACUUUUGAACAUUUAAUCAUUUGUAUAUACGCAAUUCAGCCUUCGGGCUGC